AUGAUUCGCCAAGUUUUAGAUGGCGCCUUGAAAGAAUCCAAUUUGUCCGUUAACGAUUUGGAUGGAUUUCUCGCUCUUCCUUCUCUUGCCGAACAUCACAUCAUGGAAGCUCAUUUUCAAGCCACAUCGCUCGGCUUAUUCACAAGGAAAGCGUCAUCUGAUGCCAAACGACUUGGCCAACCAUCACUACUGUGCCGAACUAUCGAUACUGGUGGAGGAGGACCAGUGUCAGCAUUAUUACAGGCCCAAAGCAUGAUCCAACAUGAAGGGCUGAAUUGUGUAGCUGUUGUUGCUGCCGAUUCUGUUGGAAGCAUGGACAGUAGGACCUUUCUGCAGAGAGUAGAUAACAUCUUUGGUGACGAAAGUGGCAUACCUUCGCCUAUCAUCCCCAAUGGAUACGAUCGCUACACGCAAUAUCAGAUGCAGAGAUAUGGUUUGACACGAGAUCAACUGCGGAUGGUGGUGUGUCUUCAGUCCUUUCAUGCGUCGAGGCAUAAAGAAAGCCUGCUAUACCAAACAGCACUUGAGCUACAACCCUCACAACAGACAGAGCACAUGAAACGAGACACACCAAAGCCUUUUACUGCAUUGGAUAGUAUCCAACAAGCACCUUCUGUAGCUCCAAAUAUCUCCCUGUUGGAAUGUGCGUAUCGCGCAGAUGGUGCUGGCUGCAUAAUAUUGACAAGCGAGUCCUUUCUGAACGAACGACUACGAACAAGUCUCGAGAUGGAGCAGGUGAAAAAAAAAGCAGUGACAAUUCUUGGAAGCGGCGAGUCUUCUGGCCCCUUGGUCCCCCCAGCCAAAGAACAGAUUGGUGGAUUUCCAUUUGGUUCUGAUGCAGCCAUGACUCAAGCCUAUCGCCAAGCUGGAAGCUUGAAAGCGACCAACAUUGAUUUCUUUGCUCUCUAUGACUGCUUUCCCAUCUGCUUGAUUCGUGCUUUGGAAGCAACUGGCAUUUGUUCGCAAGGAGACGGCGGUAAUUAUAUCGAAGCGCAGUACUCCAAAUUGAUGAAUGCUGUGGACAGCGGAACCGAAGAAGAGUUGAUACAAGAUCCCACAUUCUUUCCAGUCAAUACACAUGGCGGUUUGCUAUGCUAUGGGGCACCUUGGGAGGUGCCGGCCAUGUACAACAUUAUUGAAGCAUGCCAACAGCUCAACGAAAAUGCAGUUGGAAGGCAGAUCGACGACUGCAAGCGUGCAUUAGUUUACGGAAAUGGUGGUAUCUUUUCAUCGUCGGCGGUUGCAAUUCUGGGGAAAGCCACAUCGUGA